GGCAGAGCAAGCCGGAGCUGGCGCCGGCUGCCAGGAGCUCGCGGGAGGCCGGGCGGGGCGGCGCCAGGACCGAGCAUCACGGGCUGUGACGCCGCGGCCUCUCUGCCUGCAGCACCACCUGGCGCGGGCCAGGGUUCGGGGAGAGAAAAGAUGUUUUCCCGGGUAAGAGCCGUUACCAGUCCUUGUGCUCUGACAUGCCGCCGCCAUUUGCACCUGAAGGAGAAAGGCAAGCCACUCAUGUUGAAUCCAAGAACAAACAAGGGGAUGGCGUUUACGUUACAAGAACGGCAAAUGCUUGGUCUUCAAGGACUUUUACCUCCUAAAAUAGAGACGCAAGAUAUUCAAGCCUUACGAUUCCAUAGAAACUUGAAAAAAAUGACUAACCCUUUAGAAAAAUACAUCUUUAUAAUGGGCAUACAAGAAAGAAAUGAAAAACUGUUUUAUAGAAUACUGCAAGAUGAUAUUGAAAGUCUGAUGCCAAUUGUAUAUACACCAACAGUUGGUCUUGCCUGUUCCCAAUAUGGACACAUCUUUAGAAGACCUAAGGGAUUGUUUAUUUCAAUCUCAGACAGAGGUCACGUCAGAUCAAUUGUGGAUAACUGGCCAGAAAAUCAUGUUAAGGCUGUUGUGGUGACCGAUGGAGAGAGAAUUCUGGGUCUCGGAGAUUUGGGUGUCUAUGGAAUGGGGAUUCCAGUAGGAAAGCUUUGUUUGUAUACAGCAUGUGCAGGAAUACAGCCUGAGAAGUGCCUGCCUGUGUGCAUCGACGUGGGAACUGAUAAUAAUGCACUGUUAAAAGAUCCAUUUUAUAUGGGCUUAUAUCAGAAGCGAGAUUGUUCCCAACUCUAUGAUGACCUGAUUGAUGAGUUUAUGAAGGCGAUUACUGACAGAUACGGCCAGAACACACUCAUUCAGUUUGAAGACUUCGGGAAUCAUAAUGCAUUCAGGUUCUUAAGAAAGUACCAGCACAAAUACUGUACCUUCAAUGAUGAUAUCCAAGGGACAGCUGCAGUCGCUCUGUCCGGCCUUCUUGCCACCCAAAAAGUUAUUAGGAAACCAGUCUCAGAACACAAAAUCUUAUUUCUUGGGGCAGGAGAGGCUGCACUUGGAAUUGCAAAUCUUAUAGUUAUGUGUAUGGUGGAAAGUGGCCUCUCAGAAGAGGAGGUACGGAGGAAGGUCUGGAUGUUCGACAAGAACGGCUUACUAGUUAAGGGGCGGACUGCGAGCAUCGACAGUAACCAGGAACCGUUUGCUCACUGGGCCCCGGAGAACAUACCUGCAACUUUUGAAGAUGCAGUGAAUGAACUGAAGCCUUCAGUUAUAAUUGGAGUGGCAGGUGCUGGCCGCCUCUUUACUCCUGGUGUCAUCAAAGCCAUGGCCUCUAUCAAUGAAAGACCCAUAAUAUUUGCGCUGAGUAAUCCUACGGCACAGGCUGAGUGCACGGCUGAAGAGGCCUACACACUUACGGAGGGCAGGUGUCUGUUUGCCAGUGGCAGCCCCUUUGAGCCAGUGAGACUCCAGGAUGGACGAGUCUUCACCCCAGGCCAAGGAAACAAUGCCUACAUUUUCCCAGGUGUGGCUUUAGCGGUUAUUCUCUGUCAAACCCGGUACGUCAGUGACAGUGUUUUCUUGGAAGCUGCAAAGGCCCUGACAAGUCAAUUGACAGAUGAAGAGUUAGCCCAAGGGAGGCUUUACCCAUCACUUGCUAAUAUUCAGGAAGUUUCUGUUAACAUAGCUAUUAAAGUUGCAGAAUACCUGUAUGCUAAUAAAAUGGCUUUCCGAUACCCAGAACCUGAAGACAAGGCCAAGUACAUUAAAGAGAGAAUAUGGCGGAGUGAUUAUGUUUCCCUGUUGCCAGAUGUGUAUGACUGGCCAGAGUCUUCACUGAAGCCUCCUCAGAUAUCAGAAUAGACGCUUUCCCAUGAAGACGCUCCAUGCUGCAGGGAACCACUAUUUUUAGACAAAAGAUAACAUUCUCAGA